AUGGCAGCAUCAAACGCUUCUUGUAUCUUUUGCAAAAUCAUCAAGGGAGAAAUUCCCUCAUUAAAGCUUAUCGAGACCAAAUUGAGCUACUCGUUUUUGGAUAUUCAACCAACCGCUGAAGGUCACGUAUUGGUUAUUCCAAAAUACCAUGGUGCUAAACUACACAAUAUUCCAGAUGAAUACUUGAGUGACAUCUUACCUGUGGUUAAGAAAUUGACACAUGUCUUGAAAUUGGAUGACAAUAACACUCCUGAGGGCGAAGGUUACAAUAUCUUGCAAAACAAUGGAAGAAUUGCUCACCAAGUGGUCGAUCACGUCCAUUUCCAUUUGAUUCCUAAGAGAGAUGAAGAAACAGGAUUGGGUGUUGGCUGGCCUGCCCAAGAAACAAACUUUGACAAGCUAAACAAGUUGCAUGAGAAAUUGAAGAAAGAAUUGGAACAAUAUGAAACUGAGAAAUUGUAA